AUGGCAACAGGAAAGUGGUCUUCUGGCUUGUGCGCCUGCUACAAAAACCCUUCCAACUGUUGCCUCACAUGCUGCUGCCCCUGCGUCACUUUUGGGCAAAUAGCAGAGAUAGUGGAUGAGGGUUCUGAAGAAUGCAUAUUGAGCGGAGGGAUUUAUGGUGCUCUGUGCUUUUAUACGGGGUGUUGUGCGUGGUGCUAUUCAUGGUUGUACCGAAACAAGAUGCGGGAAAUGUAUAACUUGUCGGAGAGCCCCUGUAACGAUUGUCUGGUUCAUUGUUGUUGCGAAUCAUGCGCGCUGUGCCAGGAAUACAGAGAACUUAAACACAGAGGAUAUGAUCCUGCUCUCGGAUGGACAGGUAAUCUGGAUAAGCAACUGGACGAGAUGAGUACCUCCACGACAGCUCCUGGGCAUCCAAACAUGGCAAAAUAA